UUUUUGCUCCUCUCAAAAAAUCCUCAAAAAAAUCCUCAAAUGCCUUCACUCACUUUAUCCAAUUUUUUAUAUUUCAUAUUUUUCUUCGUUAAAUGCAAAUUUUCGCGAAGUUUUUUGGUUCCUUUACUUAUUUUAACAAGACUUCGAUUAAUAAAGCUGUCCUUUCUCUUUUCAAAUCCGUCAAAAAAUAGUUUAAAUUCUUCUUUUUCUUUUUCCUUUUGCAGUUUCAAUUUAUCCAAAUCCGCUUGGCUAUUAAAUGUAUUAAUCAAAUCUUCAACAAAAGGAUUUUCAAAAUUUAAGCCAAGAUAA